GAAAGCAUCAAAGAUUCAUCAUAAAAAUUUCGACGCGACACUGAUUUUGCGUUUCAGUCUUUGAACCUAUUUGAACUCGUCUUGCAAUGCUAUAAACACUAAUAAAUGGUGAAGAUAUUAUUAUAUCACCGACCCAACACAUCGCCUUAAGAUACACAUACCCCCAUUCUUGUAUAUAACGAAAAUCUUUCAGGUCAACUCAAUCAUUGUGCAUCUACUGUAGUUAGGUUUUCGCCUAAAUCAUGGAAUCUGUGAUAUUACUAUUAUUCAUAAUGGGUUUAACCUUCGCUCAAAACCCUGGGCAAGAAAUAAAAAUUUUGAAGCAGGAAUCAGAUAUCAGCCCUGAUGGUUCAUAUCAAUGGAGUUACGAGACGGAAAAUAAAAUCCAGGCUCAGGAAACGGGACAAUUAAAACCAGGAUCCCCAGAACCUAUUUUGGAAGCUCAAGGAUCAUUUUCUUACGUGGCCGAUGAUGGCACACCCAUUUCUGUACAAUAUGUCGCAAAUGAGUUAGGAUUUCAACCACAAGGGGAGCAUUUGCCCACCCCUCCACCUAUCCCCCCAGCAAUCCAGAGAGCUCUAAAAUAUAUAGAAGCUAACCCACAAGUUAAAAUUGAAGAAAGGUUUAAGGGACAAUAAGGCCAAUUUGAAUUAAGUUUGUAAAUAUUUUUUGAAAUACAA